AUGGGCUACCGAAUUCUCCACCGCCCAUGGCGAGCAAAGCGGCCUCUGUAUUGGGGCAUGGUUCCCGAGCUCGCCGGCAUCAUUCCUCUUCUUGUUUUGUUUGGUGUUCAGCAACCGGAUGCCUGGAGGACGCUCUUCUGGCGCAUCGGCUCCGACUACAAGCUCAACUCGAGCCCGACGAUGAUUCUGUAUGCCUAUGCCAACCAUAGACCGCUCCCGACCAUUCCGUUUGUCUGGUCGCAAACACUAACAACCUUCAACGUGGCCAUCACUAUCGUCUCCCUCUUCAUCCUCCUCGCCAAGAUGAUCGCCGCCAUCAUGAAAAUUUUCUACCCCAUCAUCGGCACCGCAGUCGGCGUCUCCCUCACCGCGCUCUACGCCGUCAGCGUGUACGGACAGGCCGGACCAGACUACGCCGACCCGAGAUACCCGAGCUGGACACCGUGGUACAUCCGCAAAUCGUGCGACCUCGCCAUCCCGUACAAUGCCGUCAAGAGUUGCCAAAUGUCCAAGGGGGCGUUUGCCGUGACGGUGUACAUGCUCGCGGUAUACGUCAUCCAGACUAGCUUCGCCAUCUGGGCCAUGUGGCCCAACAAAAUGCUCGACAUGAUGGACGACAGCGACGACGAGGAGGAAUACGGCUAUAACUCGGCGCAAAAGGACAAGGGGGUCAGCGUGGAGAUGACCACGCCGGUUAGUCCUGAGGAGGGGGGGAGUGGGGGUGGGGGGUAUUAUGGGCAUUAUCAACAACAGUUGCAACAACAACAACAUCAACAAAUGAGUGGUGCUGCGGGGGGGAGUAGCAGUGGUGGUGGGUUCACGCAUAACCCCGCGCCUUUUACGCCGAGGACGCAGGCUUUCCAUACCCUGGAUCGGAAGUUGCCUUUGAGGGUUGAUACGUAUCGGUGA